CUAAUUAAUUCAGUAACUUCAUACAACUACUAGCAUCAUAAAAACUGGAAAAACAUGUUGAGUUUUUAAAAAAUUACUGAAUCAUAAUGAUGCAAUGAGUUCUUAUACAAAACGUAGUGUUAUAUAUAACAAUGCUUUUAAAAGAUAUGUUCUAAAUUGUAAUCUUAUCUCCUUUAUUUUGUUAUCGGUUAGUGGUGCAGCUAAUCAGUAAUUCUCUGUUCACAAUUAUUUACUUCACAGACUCAUUCGUGUAUCAGAAUCAGAGCAAGUUAUAGACAUUAAUAUUAUGUCUAUAAUUUUAUAAAAAUGAAAGUUGAUAGGUUUUCACAGUUAUAUAUAGAACAGUUUUAUCAAUUACUCCAGGAGAGAUGAUGAUAGUAUUUGUUUAUGACACUGUAAGGUGUUGUAAAGAAGAUGAUGAUCCUGCAGAGGCAGUUAUGUAUUUUCAUCCUGCAUGGGUAUCUCUUACGCAAAGAUUAGCUCUAGCAGGGCAAUUAAUGGCUGUUAAUCAGUUUCUUUCAACUUCGUUUUCCAAUCCAAAAUCAAUCACAUUACAAGGAGGAAAAUUUGUAUUAAAGAAAUUUGGACAGUACAUACUUGCAGUUGGAACUGAUAGGAAUAUUCAUGACUGGAUUCUAGAAAGGCGUGCAAAUACAUUAGAAUCAUUGCUAAAAUUUUUUCAUUAUGAUUUGAAUAAGAUACUGGAAUCAUUUAAUAAUGACAGAAAUAAGUUCACAGAGAAGCUUUAUCAAAUGUUUGAAACAUAUUUGCCAAUACUUCAAUAUAGUGCCAAUCUUUUCUCCAAUAUUCCUAUCAUUAAACUUCCAAAGAGUGCUAGUAACAUAUUUUUAGAAGCAAUUCAAGUUUUACAAUAUUAUCAAGAAAUCAGUGGUAUCAUAGGUGGUGCACUCUUCUAUAAUAAUAAGGUAGUUGCAACUCAGUUAAGUGCUGAGUUGACCAAACAAAUUGUUAUAACUGAUCCAUAUAGAAUAAAGGCUCCUGCAGAGAGAAUAUCGACAGAAUUUCAUCUACCUGUUGGAGUACAGUUAUUGCGAGUAUAUAUAGAGCAAAAACAGUUUACGAAACUUAUACAAGAAGCAAAUAAUGAACGAUAUUAUAGUUCUUAUUUAGAUUCUGUGACAAAAAAGAUAUUUCAAAGAAAGAACAUGUCCAAGAACAGUAAGGAACUCCCUUUGUCCGGAAUGAAACGUGAUACUUCUCGCAUUUUUACUGUACCUGAAGAAGGAGAAUUAGAUUCAUUACAGUACAACGAUAAUAGUCACUAUGUACCCUCCGUACCACUUACAGCUUACAGUUCUCCAGUGAAACGUAAACAGGAAAGUAAAACAGACCGUCCUAAGUGUGUAAAUCCUUUAACUCCUAGCGUUUGCUCUACACCAUUAAAAGAUAUUAAUAGAGUAUUACAUGGUAAUGCUAUGUUAAUAUGUAACACAAACGAAGAUACAAAUAAUGAAGCAGAAGAAGAAAAGAAAGAAAUAAAAACAAAUGUAGAUGAUAUUCCAGAUGUUGUUAAGGAAGCACUUAGAUAUAAACGUUUAAAUAAAUUAAGAAACGUUACGCCAAAAGAAAAACUAGUUAAACGAAAAGAAUUUAAUAAGAGAAGCUUAAGUAUGCAUGAUUUAGGAUCGUCCAAUUUGUACUCCAAUCGAAUAUCAGUAAGAACAUAUGGAUUAGGGUUGCCACAAUUAAAACAAAAUAUAUCUCCCGAAACUUCUCCUCAAAAGCAAUCUUUACAUAAAAGGCAGUUUCAUACAAUUACUGACCCAUAUUAUCCUAUAUUUCGAUGUGAUGGAUUACCAGUAUCUCAGUCUUUAUAUAAUCAAUAUAUAUCUUCGCAUUACGAAGAACUUAAGGAUGAUCGAAAUAAUACAAUUAAUCGUAACGACUUUUUAACAAGUUUAGCUAACGAUUGUAAUAUGAAAAAUGUAACAAAUAGCUGUGAUACCAUGAUCAGUGAUAAUUUAGAAAAAUCAAGUAAUUCUCGUGACAUAAAAAUAGAUAGUAAAGUGAAACAAGAAACUUAUCGCAGAUCAAUGAGUCUUCCUUUGAAACCACUCAAUAUCACUGAUAAUGAUGAUAGACGAAAAUCAGCAUCGGAAUGCGGUAACGUGUAUGAAUUUCUUCAAAAGAAAAAGUUGGAUGGUCUACAAUUAACACCUCUUAUGUCUAAACUCAGUUUACUUGCUGAUGAGAGAACUAGCGGUUUUUGUAGUAGAGAAACAACUCCUAGUGAAUUUCGUGAUUUAUCGGGCUUUUCAACAGCAACAAAUCAAAUAAUUAAGCAAAAACUGGAAGCAGUUAAUAAGGAAACUGGCAGUGACGGUGAAGAUGAAUUGGAAGAAGAUUGGGUAACUACUUCCAAAGAUGAAGUUUCUUUUGAGAAAACAGAACUAUUUCUCUGUGGACAUCAUAAUAUGGUGCUAGUACUAUUAAUGGAAAAUGGAACUGCUAAUAAUCCUGAUCUUAUACACUCUCUCUGGCAAACUUGCGUGAAUACGUUAGGAAAGCUUGAAGCUAGACUACAACAAUGUUUAGAGCCUCUACCUUCAAAUGAAAAUAAGGAAUUAUAUAGUAUAUUAAGUAUUGAUCCUCAAUGGGACACAAUAAAUCGUUCUGGACUCUGGGGUGUCACUGAAUUGGAUAUUGUUUCUUGCCUUCAUGAUAGGUUCACAUAUGCCAGCAAUCUCACAGAUAUUAUUGUCAGAACGGAGGAUACCGUUGUUUAUGGUAACCAGUGUGGAAACGUAGAGGUAUUUUAUCAACAAGCAGUGGCUCCAAAUACCUCUGGAGGACUUCCAACUCCUGCAGAUUUAAUGGGAAUUGUGUCUCUUAAAGCAAAACGUAGACUGGAAAGAGAUCAUGGGAUUGUAUUGCUAUAAAUAAUAAUUAUCUACAAAUGCUUCCAUCACAAUCUCGUUUAGGAUUGAAUUGUUUUAUUUAAUAUUUUGUUCUUUUUUUUAUAUUUCCCGGCAUGGCAAAUUAAUAAUGAUAUAUAACAUUCUGUACAUAUUUUAUCUCCAAAUAGUAGUACAUACAUUUUCCUGAUGUUUUUAAUAAUAUUAAAUAGAAGCAUUCUCUUUACCUUGUUAUAUGGUAAUACAAGGGCAUUAAAAAUGGGAAUGCAAUUCUUCAUUUAGUAGUUAGCAUGUAACAGUAGUUGAACUCUUAUUACCAUAGCAACGAUUUUCAAAUAACCAUAUAUAAACAUCACGUAUAUAUGUUAAUGCGUGUAUGUAUACUUUUAGUAUUAUAUUUAUUUAAAACGUCCAUAUUUUGAGUAAGAAACAAUGAGUUCAAAUUUUCAUAUCUCUUUCCAAAUAAAAGGAUAAUUAAACAUUCCAUUAAUUUAAUCGACCAAGAACAUUUUUACGAUAAAAAAAUACUACAUAUUCAUAGAAAAAAAUAUUACCAAAUUUUCUACAUAUAUUUUUGUAAUAAAGAUCAUACUAUUGAGUCUAAUAAUUUAAGAAUUGGCGGUAAUCAAGGAAUUUUUAUAUCACUCACAUGUACCGACCAUACAUAACAAAACCGGUAUUGAAACGUUACUAUUUUCGCGAUCAUAAAUGAUAUAUUUUAAUACGAAAUAUUAAAUGUUUUAUUAAAAGAAAUUCUUCGAUAAUAAAUUCACACUGAACAAUUGGUUUUUUCAUAAUAGUAUAAAAAGUAACGUGAACUUCAGAUAUUGUAUAUCUUUAUUACAUUUUUUUAUCUUAU